GUGCCAACUUCGCGGAGCGCUCUCUCUACCCGGACCCCGCCUUCGGGACCCCAGCCCACAGACUCCCAGGGCGCUGAGCCGUGGAGUUGCGCUCCCUCCGGACCCCUGGCAGGACUCGAGGUCCUACCUGGGGCUGGCUCGCGGGCAGCGAAGGGCUUCCUUUACCUACGCCUUGAAGUUACUCACUUUUCCAAGCUUCCUCUCUGUUCGGAGAGCAGGCCCAAGACCCCUUGCCCCCUGUCCUUGGGGCCAGAUAGAUUUUGGAAUUGAGUUUUUCGGAUUUGAGGACUCGUGGUGUUUGGGACUAUUAUGCUUCAUCAAACUCACCUAGGAUUAUAGGGGUUAAGAUAGCAAAUUGCUGCAUGUCGCGUCAAGCCAGGGAUGAAAAACUUUCACUUUGAGGGCUUUUUUGCAUGUUGGAUAAGAAGGUGGGAACCUGCUGUCAUCUUAUGAGGCCCUAGUGAAGAUGAAUGAUGCACCUGCUAUGGACUCAGUCACUGCCUCCUCGCUGCAGAGGCAGAGCCAGGGUGUGGCCUCCCGCCUCCCUCACGGUCUGUGCCCUGGGGAGCCCAGCUUGCGCACGACAGCAGUGGUGUCCAUGGGCUCUGCAGACCAUCAGUUCCACCUGGCAGAGAUCCUGUCGCAGAACUACGGUGUCCGGGAGGAGUGCGAGCAGGCUGCACGGGGUUCAGAGAGGCCGGAGGAGGAGCUGCAGAAGGACUUCAUCUCCCAGAGCAGUGACAUGCCCCUGGAUGAGCUGCUGGCCCUCUAUGGCUAUGAGGCGUCAGACCCCAUCUCAGAGCACGAGAGUGAGGGCAGCGACACUGCGGCCAACCUCCCAGACAUGACCCUGGACAAGGAACAAAUAGCGAAGGAUUUGCUUUCAGGGGAAGAAGAGGAAGAAACCCAGUCCUCAGCCGACGACCUCACUCCAUCUGUGACCUCCCAGGAGGCCUCUGACCUUUUCCCUAAUCAGAGUGCACCCCGCUUCCUGGCCGAUGCGGACAGAGAACCUGGCUCCUCAACCUCGUCAGACACCGAGGAGGACCCACUUCCUGCCAACAAGUGUAAGAAGGAGAUCAUGGUUGGGCCUCAGUUCCAAGCUGACCUCAGCAACCUGCAUGUAAACCGUCAUGGUGAGAAGAUCUAUGAGAAUGAAGACCAGCUGCUCUGGGACCCCAACAUCCUUCCUGAGAGGGAGGUGGAGGAGUUCCUGUACCGGGCAGUAAAGCGGAGAUGGCACGAGACGGCCGGGUCUCAGCUCCCGGAGGGAGAAGUAGUGAAGGACAGCGAGCAGGCGCUGUAUGAGCUGGUGAAAUGCAAUUUCAACGUGGAGGAGGCCCUGCGGAGGCUAAGGUUCAACGUGAAGGUGAUCCGAGAUGGGCUUUGUGCCUGGAGUGAGGAGGAGCGCCGCAACUUCGAGCACGGCUUCCGUGUGCAUGGCAAGAACUUCCACCUGAUCCAGGCCAACAAGGUGCGCACGCGGUCUGUAGGCGAGUGUGUGGAGUACUACUACCUAUGGAAGAAGUCGGAGCGCUAUGACUACUUCUCCCAGCAGACGAGGCUGGGCCGCAGGAAGUACGGCCCCUCAGGAACCACGGACGCAGACCAGGAUCUGGAUGGCACUGACCCUGAUGGCCCUAGCCGCCCCCGCUCCUCACUGCCCCUGCCCCCUGCCAAUGGCCUGGGCCCUGAGCAAGACCCUCUGGCUCAGAUGCAUGGGGAGCCUCCGAGCGUAGGCAGCAGCACAUCUGGGAGCCCCAGUGAGCCUGGGGAGAGCCCAGAAGGCCUCCCAUCCUUGGAACCAGGGCCCUGUGCCCUCCAACAGCUGGACGCACCCCUGGCCGCACCCUCCCCUCAGCAGCCCCCAGCCCUGGCUGACCCGGCCUUCUACCCCACCGCCACAGCCACUCCGGAGCCUGGGGCCAGCCCAAGACUGGCCAUGGACUUGGCCCUGCCUGGGGCCCUCCCAGAGGGGCUGCCUCUCCUCUCCAGCCACGCAGAUAUGGAUGGGGAGGCCGAGGAGGCCGUGGCCCCCGCACAGGUGGCCUUGUCGGUCGCUGAAUUUGGACUCAUCGGCAUUGGGGACGUGAACCCCUUCCUGGCCGCUCACCCAGCGUGCCCGGCCCCUGGGCUGCACUCGGAGCCCCUGUCACACUGUAACGUGAUGACCUGUUGAUCCCUGGCCACAGGCGGGCAUGAGUGGCCCAGACUGGACUUAGGGCCACCACAAGGCCUGCCUCUCAGUCUUCCCGACCCUUCCCUCCUCAUGGGCCUCGGGUAGCGCCUUCUCUGCUCGGAGUACUUCAAGGACAGGGCUGAGCGGUGGCCCUUCCCUGCCCCCCCACACACCGGCACCAUCACCUGACUCCAGGCUGCCUUGCCCACCGUGGGACCCAUCGGGCUGCCAGGGCCGGGGGGCCGGCUGUCCAGCCAGCAGAGGCGAGAAAGGCGUCCCGGCCCCACAGGGACGUGGGAGACAGGGCCGGACGCCGCCCCCACCAGCAGCCUCUGCUGAGCACCCUCAGCGCUCUGCCACCCCGUCUCCCUGCACCUGGCCAGACUGCGGGCUGCCCCAGCCCAGGGCUCAGGGCAGCUGCUACUCGGUGCCAAAUCCCGCGGGGCACAGAGCCAUAUACCUCGAUGUCGGCCUGCCCUGCCCUCGACGUCGGCCCUCGCUCCACUUCAGGAAAAGCCGCACUUUACACCCCCUGCCCCCACCCCCGGGGUCUUUGGCAGCCUCCAGUGUGGGUCUGAGGACACGGGACUCACACUUCCUUGGUACCAGGACCCUGUCGCCUGCAGCACCAAGGGGCCUGGCUCCGGCCUGUCCCCUGCCCCUGGAGAUCAUGUUUCUGUUGAGGCCCCCAGCGAGACGGUUUGGGGUCUUGGGCCUUCUCCCCAGCCUCCCUCGGUUAUUUAUGUUUCUGUUUACAAAUCGGAGUGGGGUCCUCGGGGGCAGGGCAGCACUCCUGGACCCAAUGUCACCAAGGGAAGUCUUUGGCACGAGCCGUCCCCAAGGUCGGACUCUACCUUCCCUCGCCCCACCAAGGACCACACUGUGAAGUGAUAACUGCCUUGAACCCCUUGCUGUUUUAUUUAUUAAACUUGAUUUGAAGCCCCA